CCAAGUCGCCCUACCAGCUGGUGCUGCAGCACAGCCGGCUCCGGGGCCGCCAGCACGGCCCCAACGUGUGUGCUGUGCAGAAGCUCAUUGGCACUAACAAGAAGUACUUCACCAACUGCAAACAGUGGUACCAAAGGAAAAUCUGUGGCAAGUCAACAGUUAUCAGCUAUGAGUGCUGUCCUGGAUAUGAAAAGGUCCCUGGAGAGAAAGGCUGUCCAGCAGCCCUCCCGCUCUCAAACCUCUAUGAGACCCUGGGAGUUGUUGGAUCGACCACCACUCAGCUAUACACAGACCGCACAGAGAAGCUGAGGCCUGAGAUGGAGGGUCCCGGCAGCUUCACCAUCUUCGCCCCCAGCAAUGAGGCGUGGGCCUCCCUACCUGCUGAAGUGCUAGACUCCCUGGUCAGCAACGUCAACAUCGAGCUGCUCAACGCCCUUCGCUACCACAUGGUGGGCAGGCGGGUCCUGACCGAUGAGCUGAAACAUGGGAUGGCCCUCACCUCCAUGUACCAGAAUUCUGACAUCCAGAUUCACCACUAUCCUAACGGGAUUGUCACCGUCAACUGUGCCCGGCUGCUGAAAGCUGACCACCACGCAACCAAUGGAGUGGUGCAUCUCAUCGAUAAAGUCAUCUCUACCAUUACCAACAACAUCCAGCAGAUCAUCGAGAUUGAGGACACCUUUGAAACCCUUCGGGCUGCUGUGGCUGCAUCAGGACUCAACACCUUGCUGGAAGGUGAUGGCCAGUUCACACUCUUGGCCCCAACCAAUGAGGCCUUUGAGAAGAUCCCUGCUGAGACCCUGAACCGGAUCCUUGGAGACCCAGAGGCCCUCAGAGACCUGCUGAACAACCACAUCCUGAAGUCAGCCAUGUGUGCUGAAGCCAUUGUGGCAGGGCUGUCUGUGGAGACCCUGGAGGGCACUCCGCUGGAGGUGGGCUGCAGUGGGGACAUGCUCACCAUCAAUGGGAAGGCCAUCAUCUCCAAUAAAGAUGUCCUGGCCACCAAUGGUGUCAUCCACUUCAUCGAUGAGCUGCUCAUCCCAGAUUCAGCCAAGACGCUAUUUGAGUUGGCUGCAGAUUCUGACGUUUCCAUAGCCGUUGACCUUUUUAGACAAGCUGGCCUCGGAACUCAUCUCUCUGGAAGUGAGCGGUUGACCCUCCUGGCUCCCCAAAAUUCAGUGUUCAAAGAUGGAACCCCUCAAAUUAAUGCCAAUGAGAAGACUCUGCUUCUGAACCACAUAAUUAAAGACCAGCUGGCCUCCAAGUAUUUGUACCAUGGACAGACCCUGGAAACUCUGGGAGGCAAAAAACUGAGAGUUUUUGUUUAUCGUAAUAGCCUGUGCAUUGAGAACAGCUGCAUUGCUGCCCACGACAAGAGGGGACGGUACGGGACCCUGUUCACUAUGGACCGGGUACUGACCCCCCCAAUGGGGACUGUCAUGGAUGUCCUAAAGGGAGAUAGCCGCUUUAGUAUGCUGGUAGCUGCCAUCCAGUCUGCAGGGCUAACAGAGACCCUCAACCGAGAAGGAGUCUACACAGUCUUUGCUCCCACAAAUGAAGCCUUCCAAGCCAUGCCACCAGAGGAACUGAACAAACUCUUGGGAAAUGCCAAAGAACUUGCCAACAUCCUGAAAUAUCAUGUUGGUGAUGAAAUCCUGGUUAGUGGAGGCAUUGGGGCCCUGGUGCGGCUGAAGUCUCUCCAAGGUGACAAGCUAGAAGUCAGCUCGAAAAACAACGUGGUGCAUGUCAAUAAGGAGGCUGUCACUGAGCCUGACAUCAUGGCCUUGAAUGGCGUGGUCCAUGCCAUCACCAGCGUUCUACAGCCUCCAGCCAACAGACCUCAGGAACGAGGGGAUGAACUUGCAGACUCUGCACUUGAGAUCUUUAAACAGGCCUCAGCGUUCUCCAGGGCUUCCCAGAGGUCUGUGCGACUAGCCCCUGUCUACCAGAGGUUACUAGAGAGGAUGAAGCAUUAGCAGCACGGACUGAAGGAGGAAAGCAUCUCAGCAGCUCCCCACCAGUUUCUCUCGGUUUGCCAAAGAGACUGUUUAAAUGUUUUUGAUACCAGAUGUCAUCCGUCAAUGUAUAUGGGCCACGCUGAAAUGAGAUCUGAGCCUUGGGCGGGUUGGGGAGGAGGGAAAGAGAAGUACUUUUUAUUUUUUGUUCCCCCUAAACAUGGCUGUUAACCCACUGCAUGCAGAAACUUGGAUGUCACUGCCUGACAUUCACUUCCAGAGAGGACCUAUCCCAAAUGUGGGAUUUCCUGCCUAUGCCAAGUGCCUGCGAAAGGGAGCUGCACUACCGUGGGGCUCACAAGGUAUGAAUCAAGUAAUCCAGCAUAUGGGAAGUCCUGGCACAGUCUGUGUAAAGCUCUUGCACAGCUGGAGAAAUGGCAUCAGAAGCUGAGUUGAACUGUUCUGUCAAAUGUGUCUUGCAUCUACAUGUGGUUUGGACGCUUCUAUGGGGCCCUGUCCAGGUAGAAAAGAAAUGGUAUGUAGAGUAUGUAGAGCACAGAUUUCCCGAAUGCGACAGUGCCAUGGUGUGUUUGUAAUAAUAAAACCAAAGAAACGUA